AAACUCCGAGGAGCAACACGACAACCCCCGUCGGACAUUGCAAAGCGAGGGACAGGACGACUGUAUACCAGCCUGCAACCCUUGAUAUCUCGCUUACCCUCAAACAUUUCGUCAAGACUGACUUGUCCGUAUCGCUGUCUUUGGCAUUUACCGACGUAUCCGCCCGUUUAAUUGCUGCAUAUACCCCAUAAGGUCCGGCCCGGUGUGAAGCAACAUCCGGAAUACACGCUUUGAAUGGACUCAACACACCCUUUGCAUAUCGACAUCAGCACCUCUCGACCACGGGAGUCUUCUGCCCUUUCUCUGGUUACGCCAGCCUCUCAGUCUCCACUCGACGAACAGAAACAAUCACAAGACAUGGAGGAGGAGUCGGCACUGGAUGUUCCAUCUGUUGGACAGUGGACGUUGACACCGACUGUGAAGACCACGACCACGGUUACUACUACCACGACUACGACGACAUACCCGCCCCUGGUUUUGAAGCCACCGAAGAAGAGGCCGGAGUUGGAUGCGAGGCAGUAUCCGUUGAGGGAUGCACCUACGCCGACUUCGUUACGGAGUUUUUCGUUUGAGUUGGAUGGUAAGGUAUCUAAGUUUGAGGAGAGUGGGGACCCGGAGAGGUCUAUCGUGCAGCUUCAAGAAUCUAUUUCCAGGUUACAAAAGACACCCAAUACGGGCUAUAAGGAUCCCCUCGCCCUGCAGGGCAAGCCCAGCGAGUCAGCCUGUGCUGCCGUGCGACAAGUCAAGCGUCCUGGAUCCCCUCUGGAGCAAUCUUCCUCUGAUGCAUUGACUGGAAGUGAUCCUGGUUCUCACAAGAAAAGGAAGGGUAGGACGGAGUCGAUGUCGAUGCCGGUUGCCUUGGUUAGCGCCACUACACCGACGUCGAGGCCUGCCGUCCAAUAUGCGCCUCGUCCUGUGAGAGCUGGCCGCCCUGGCGAGCUCCUUCGUCAGAUUCAGCAAGAGCCUACGCCGACGAAACUUGAGGACGCUCCCGCUUUCGAUGACGCCCCGGUGCAGCAGGGAACGACUCCACACGAACCGGUUUCACCGACAUCAAGUGCUCAGCCUAUGUCUCUACCGUCACCGAAGAUGUCGCCUAUUUCGGCAGCGCUCGCUCGCGGAGGACAUGCGUUGGGUUACUUCGACUCGAAACAGGUACAUGAACCCGAAGGGGCGACGCAAUCGACCACUUUUGAGCGGAUACAAAAGUUGGAUGCAGCAGAUGUGGUGGCGUCAAAGGGGACGCAAGCAAUGAUGGAGAUCCCGACCAUGCUCGAAACAUUUGACCGUCUUCCGCCAAAUGUUCAGACGUACAUGAUGUACCACCUCCUUCGUCGCUCGAAUAUCAAGACCUUGCAGUUUGUCGCCGGUGUCGUGAACCCCACCUUGCAGCGCGACUUCCUUGCUCAUUUGCCGUACGAGCUGGCGUUGCAGGUAUUGCAGUACCUCGAUGUUCGGUCCCUGUGUCGGGCGGCGCAGGUUUCGAAACGUUGGAGGGCAAUCGUGGAUUCGGAUGAGUGGACUUGGAAGAGGUUGUUCGAGGCUGAUGGUCACAAACUCGAUCAAAGAGAGCUGGACAGGGCUAUUCAGGAGAGAUGGGGGAUGCAGGCACCUUUGGAGGCGCCUGAAGUGGUCCAUCUGGAUGAGGUGCCUGUUGGUUUGCAUGUCACUGAGCGCGCUAAUCAGGCCAAGAGACGGACUUCGAUGGCGGAGUUUGCGGAUCAGUUGAAGUCUGAGGGACAUGAGGAGCCUCUUCCUUCUCAACACCUGUUCAAGGAUAUUUACCGGCGUCAUCAUGUUACGCGGAAGACGUGGAUGGAUCCUGAGGGUGAGCCGAGGCAUAUCUCCUUCACGGGACACGGGAGUAUGGUUGUGACUUGUUUGCAGUUUGACUCGGAGAAGAUUGUGUCUGGAUCUGAUGAUACUUGUAUCAAUGUUUACGACACUGGUAAUGGCGCCUUGAAGAAGAGGCUCAGGGGCCAUGAGGGUGGUGUUUGGGCGUUGAGGUAUGAGGGGAACACUCUCGUCUCGGGAUCUACCGACCGUACUGUCCGUGUCUGGGAUAUCGAGAAAGGCGAGUGCACGCAGGUGUUCUAUGGACACACUUCAACGGUGCGUUGUUUGCAAAUUGUGCAACCUCAAAUAGUCGGACAUGACUCCCGCGGUAAGCCGAUGUUUGAGCCCAAGUUCCCGGUUAUCGUAACUGGAUCUCGUGAUUCGACGUUGCGUGUCUGGAAGCUUCCGCAGGAGGAUGAUGAGCCGUACAUCCGUCCUCCUCCGGACUCACCGGGUGAGGCUGGUGGUAUCGAUCAGAUUGGUGACAACCCAUACCAUCUCCGCACUCUGCAAGGACACACCUCCUCUGUUCGUGCGGUCUCUGCACAUGGUGAUCAGAUGGUCAGUGGUAGUUACGACACCACUGUCCGUGUUUGGCGUAUCUCCACUGGCGAGUGUCAAUGGAUCCUGAGGGGUCAUGCGCAGAAGGUCUACAGCGUCGUCAUCGAUCCCAAACGUCAGCGCUGCGUUAGUGGUAGUAUGGACUGGAUUGUCAAGGUGUGGAGUAUGGAGACUGGUACCUGUUUGUGGAACCUCGAGGGUCAUACUUCACUUGUUGGAUUGCUGGAUCUUUCCGCCGAUUACCUCGUUUCUGCUGCUGCGGACUCCACUCUCCGGGUCUGGGAUCCUGAGAGUGGACGUUGUGAGUAUGUAUUGUCUGCGCACACCAGUGCCAUCACUUGCUUUCAGCAUGAUGAGUACAAGGUUGUUAGCGGUAGCGAUGGUACGUUGAAGAUGUGGGACAUCAAAACUGGAAGGUUCGUCAGGGAUUUGCUCACUGGCUUGAGCAACGUCUGGCAGAUCAGAUUCGAUGACCGGAGGUGUGUCGCUGCUGUGCAGAGGGACAACCUCACCUGGAUUGAGGUCCUGGAUUUCGGAGCGGCUGCGGAAGGUGUUCCUGCCGAGGAGCUCGGUACGCGAAUGGUGAUUCAAGAUGAUGAGAUGUACGAUGAAGAAGGGAAUGCUCUCAUAUAAGCAAAUGCGCAGCGUUAGUGUUGUUGGGCAGGGAAUGGCGGGGAUUAGAAUGGCUUUGGGAAGGAAGGAUCAUGGGCUCGGUUGGUAUCGUUAGAUGUAUGUCCGUUGUGUUGGUUGUUUGUCCGGGC